AUGCUUCAUAACGUAUGCAAAUCGACCAAACCGCGUCUGACCGGCAAUGACAUACCAGACGACAUCUGGCGGCACAUCGCGUUGCAUAUAGCGAGUGAAGAGCCGCUACACAAGUUUUACCGACUAAUAUCAGUCAAUCGAACAUUCUUUAACGUCAUCCUCGAUGCGAAGUAUGGCGAAGUGAGAUGGGUGAGGCUGAGCGAGAAGUUUAUGAGGGGAUUGCAGAGAUUGCAGAAUCCUAUCAUCUCCAGCCACGUUAGACGGCUGUAUAUUCGUGCUUGGUUCAUUGAAUACCUGCUAAAACGCGAAGCCCUCAUCAAGCCGCCUCCACCAUACAAAGCCUGCCGGCUUUUUACGUGCUGUGUCGGCCAGCGUGCACGAAAACGACUGGACUCUGCGAAACCGAGGAAAAAUUCAACCUCCAGCGAGCCUCUUCCCCACUUAUCCUCCGAAGAAAUCAUUCGUCUGCUCAUCAACGCCGUGCAGGGGAUGAAGAACGUCACGGAACUCCAUUUCGAAUGGCGCGACCUGCCCUUGAACAAGGACACGCGUAUAUUCCUCACCUCGACGCGGAAGGCCUUCAGUAGCUGUCUGCGUAAGCUUGUUCUGCAAGCCCAGAUUUCCAAGUUCAAGGAGCUCCUCGCCAGGGCCGACUACGAGAACCUUGACGAAUUGGAUUUUCAUUUCGAUUACAGCCCAACAUGGCGUCGGAAGUCCGCAGAUGGGCAGGAGGCAAAAGAGGGGACUGCGGAAGAGGACCCCGAUGCUGGAGACUUGAUACAAACUGUUCUGCCGUUCAUAUCCCACUGGAAGGCGCGCUUACGCUCCUUGGUGAUCACAUCGUUUUCCUCACUCGACCUCUCCGAAUUUCUCAGUGGCCUGCCUUCCAUGCCUACUCUUCGACAUUUUGGGGUGAAUAUCAGCCUCAACAAAAGCCACCUAUCCGACCCCUCUGGCCUGAUUAACAUCCUGACAACCCAUUCCUCUUCGCUCCUUCAUGUUUCCAUCAAGCCUGGGCUACCGGCCAACUGCGAACAAUACAACAAAGUGCACGUUCAGCGGCAAAUGAAAUGCGACUGGGCAGCAAUCCACGAUCUUCUACUCUCGAGUCCGCAGUGUCUUGUGGGCCUAGAAUCGCUCGAAAUUCCGUCCAUCUGCCCAAGAGCCACAUUACCACUUGUCCGACGCUCGUGCGACACCCUCAUGCGUCUGGCUCUUACAGGUUACUAUCUUUCUGAAGAAGAGGUGACAGAGGUGAUCAACGUCUUUUCGCACAGGGCUUUCGAGUUGCAGCGCCUGCAUCUGGAGGUGAAGUUGCUUGUUACGUCCUUGUUUCAUCUCCUGGCUACGCGCCUACCAAACCUAUAUUCUCUUGUGCUUGUUUACGAGCAGCACAUCCCUUUGGAUUCGCCCCCCGCCGCAUGUACAAGCUGCCAUGCGCGACUGGAAGCUAUACGACAUCGGGAUAUACGAAGAGCGCUACCGCCCUCCAAGCAUCGACGUGCUCUCGUUGAGCACGCUCGCGUUCCGCGCAGAGCACACGAUCAUGGGCCUCGUCUCGGCGCAGGUGCCGAGCAUACAGAUGUGGAAGGGGUUUCCGAAGGAUGCGACGUAUGGUCCGCCGGAGAGGUAUCCGUAUGUGCCGAUCGCGCAGGAUUGGUGAGGCAGGUGGGCCAUUUACGUUAG